AUAAAUACAAUCACAACCUCAUUCAACCUCAUUCAAACUGAUAUAAAGAAAAGGAAAAGAAAAAUGAAAUACUCUUAUUAUUUGUGGCUGUUCACUACCAUUACAGCAUUGUUGGUAGUAGGAAUUAGGUCCAAUCCUCCAGGUGGAGAGUGUGGAAAACAACAUGAAUAUGCUCUCUGUGAUGACGGCUAUUGUUGUAGUAACGCUGGAUACUGUGGUCAGACAGAUGAGUAUUGUGCCCCUGAAAACUGCCAAAGCCAAUGUCGAACCCCAUCUCCCCCACCACCACCACCUCCGCCCUUCACGCCACCACCUCCGGUUUCUCCCGAUGAUGUUAGUCACAUCAUUACUUCCUCGCUUUUCGAGAAGAUGCUCAAAAAUCGAAAUGAUCCUCGAUGCAAAAGUAAAGGCUUCUACACUUACGACGCCUUCAUAACUGCUGCUAGAAAAUUUCCUGGAUUUGGUACUACUGGCUCUCUUGAAACUCGUACAAGAGAACUAGCUGCGUUCUUUGGCCAAACUUCUCACGAAACCACAGGAGGAUGGUCAUCUGCUGAUCAGGGAGGACCUUAUGCCUGGGGAUAUUGCUAUAUCAUAGAACAAGAUGAUCAAUCUCCGCAUUGCGUCGACAGCCUAGAAUGGCCCUGUGUUCCUGGCGAAUUCUACUAUGGUCGUGGACCCAUCCAGAUCAGUUACAACUACAAUUACGGACCAGCUGGUAAAGCACUCGGAUUGGACCUAUUAAGAUACCCAAAGCUAGUUGAAAAUGACACAGUUGUUUCAUUCGAGACAGCUAUAUGGUUUUGGAUGACUCCACAGUACAACAAACCAUCCUCCCAUGCCGUAAUUGUGGGCGAGUGGAAACCAACAGCGAUUGAUGUGGCUGCUAAUCGACUUCCCGGCUAUGGUGUGAUCACUAACAUAAUCAACGGAGGUGUGGAGUGCGGCCACGGUGUUGAUGACCGGGUCAUAGAUAGGAUUGGCUUCUAUGAAAGGUACUGCCUUAUACUAGGAGUAAGCACUGGGGACAAUUUGGACUGUUACAAUCAAAGUCCUUUCAAUUAUGGCGUCCUCAAAAUGUCUGCUGAUGAAUAGACAUUAUUUGAGUACUAGUCAUAUAUGUACAAUCAUGUAUGAUAUGUACGUACUGUAUGUUAGCUUGCCUAUAUACAGCUUAUCAUAUAUAGUACGUACUUCAAUAAUAAGUUAUAAUAAUAAGUGAGUUUGUUGCUUUGUUACAACCA